AUGAAUAGUUUGCGUCGUAUCAGAAACGGUUUAGAAACCACACCAUCAGUUUCCCUCCACAUCACUUGUCUAUGUCCAAAUCAUGGAUGGGGGGCCACAUCAAAUCAUUAUAACCAAUAUUUAUCAAAUCAAAUAGUUAUUCCAAUGUCAUCACUUAUUGAUACCUCAAACAAGAUUAUAAAUAAGAUCUGUAAGGCAAUUAUUGGCUUCAAUGAAAAACAACAAAAGGAGUUAUCAACGAGCUCAAAGAACAUCAUCAAGAAAUUCUAUAAGGUAAUCCAUAACCACCUUAUGAAAAUGAAGAAGCAAGAAGAUGAUAAAUGCUUGUGGAAGAAGACCAUAUUAAUGGGAGAGAAAUGUCAACCAUUGGAAUUUCCAGGUGCAAUUUUCUAUGAUAAUGAAGGGAAUCAGCUUUCUGAGCCACCAAAGAUACAAAGGAGUAGUCUUUUAAUCAACUAA